GGGACGCGCUGUUUGGUCCGGCGGGGAGGGUGGGGGAAAGCUGACGGGAGGACAUGCAGGCUCGCUACUCCGUGUCCAGUCCCAACUCCUUGGGAGUGGUGCCGUACCUCGGCGGAGAGCAGAGCUACUACCGCGCCGCGGCAGCGGCGGCCGGCGGGGGAUACACGGCCAUGCCGGCCCCGAUGAGCAUGUACUCCCACCCGGCCCACGAGCAGUACCCGGCCGGCAUGGCCCGCGCCUACGGGCCCUACACGCCGCCGCCGCAGCCCAAGGAUAUGGUGAAGCCGCCCUACAGCUACAUCGCCCUCAUCACCAUGGCCAUCCAGAACGCGCCCGAUAAGAAGAUCACCUUGAACGGGAUCUACCAGUUCAUCAUGGAGCGGUUCCCUUUCUACCGGGACAACAAGCAGGGCUGGCAGAACAGCAUCCGCCACAACCUCUCCCUCAAUGAGUGCUUCGUCAAGGUGCCCCGCGACGACAAGAAGCCAGGCAAGGGCAGCUACUGGACCCUCGACCCCGACUCCUACAACAUGUUCGAGAACGGCAGCUUCCUCCGCCGCCGCCGCCGUUUCAAGAAGAAGGACGCCGUCAAGGACAAGGAGGAGAAGGACCGCCUGCACCUCAAGGACCAUGCCCCGCCGCGCCCGCCGCCGCCCGCCGCCGCCGAGCCCGAGGGCGGCCCGGCCGGAGGCAGCGCCGCGCCGCCGCCCGUCCGCAUCCAGGACAUCAAGACGGAGAACGGCACGGCCUCGCCGCCGCAGGCCGUGUCCCCCCCCGGCGCCGCGCCGCCGCUAGGCGCCGUGCCCAAGAUCGAGAGCCCCGACAGCAGCAGCAGCCUCUCCAGCGGCGGCAGCCCCCGCAGCACCCUCCCCUCCAGCCGCUCCCUCAGCCUGGAGGCCCCAGAACCGCCGCCCCCGCCCCCGCCGCCGCCCCCACCGCCUCCCCACCAUCACGGCCCGGGCUUCAGCGUGGACAACAUCAUGACCUCGCUGCGGGGCUCGCCUCAGGCCGCCGCCGAGCUGAACGCCAGCCUUUUGGCACCCGCCGCCGCCGCCCCGCGUACCGGCAUCCCGCCCGCCCUCUCCCUCGGCGGAUACUCGCCGGGCCACAGCUCGGUCUACGGCUCGCCCUGCGGCCAGGCGGCCGCCGGCGCCGCCGCCGGCACCUACCACUGCAACAUGCAGGCCAUGAGCCUCUACGCAGCGGCCGGCGGCGCCGACCGACCCGGCCACCUGCCUGCCGCCGCCGCCAGCCCCGCCGAGGACCCGCUGCCCGAGUACGCCAUGCCCGCGGGCGGCGGCGGCGGAGGCGGCGGUGGGGCGGGGGGCGGCGGGGCGGGGGGCGGCGGCGGCGGGGCGCUGGGGCACGGCGGGCUGGGCGGCGCGGCGGGCGGCCACCAGGAGGGGCACCACCCGCACCCGCACCCGCACCAGGGCCGCCUGGCCUCCUGGUACCUCAACCAGGCGGCGGCGGCGGCAGCGGCAGCGGCGGCGGCGGCGGGGGAGCUGGGCCCGCUGGCGGGCGCGGCGGGCUACGCGGGGCCGCAACAGGGCUUCGCCGCCGCCCCGCGGGAGGUGUUCGAGGCGCCGCCUGGGCCUCAGCGCCUCGCCGGGCGGCGGCGGCGGGGGCGGCGGGGCGGCGGGCGGCGGCGGCGGUGGUGGCGGUGGCGGGGCGGGGGGCGGCGGCAGCUGUCAGAUGGCCUUCCCGGCAGCCAGCCACUCUACCGCACCUCCGGGGCCUUCGUCUACGACUGCGGCAAGUUCUGAGCGCUCUCCGCCGCGGGGACACCACCGCGGGGACACCGCGAAGCAUCACGCCGCCGGUCCCCCCCUCUCCGUGCCCGCGGAGGGAAGGGAGCGCACGCGAAAAGCUUUUGUACAGAGACAGCCCCAAAGCAUGUCUUGGUUUGUUAAAGGACAGUGUUACUCCAAUAACACUUGGAUGUUGCGGACCAAACGCCAGAAAGUGUUUCCCCCCUCCCUGAAAAGUGACGUUCAAAUUGACUGAAACGCUAAUUUUUUCACUAUAUAUAAAAGGGAAACUGUAUUAAUCUUAUUCUAUCAAUAUUUUUC